AUGCGCCGGUGUUGCCAGGUUAUACUGUCACCGACGCGCAAGCACCGGCCACCUAAAGGCAACCACGUAGCGUCAUGCUUCUGCACCGCAGGCUUCGGGCUGCCCGACUGGUUCAGGAACCCAAAGAAGGACGGCGGCUCUAUCGAUGACGACAACAACGACGACGACUUUGUGCUCCCGAUCACCUACGCUUCCGUGGAGCAACGUAGUCACGGAGGCAGCUCGAGACCGCUGUCGAUCCUCCCCGGCUGUUCGACCCCCGCCUCCCACGAGGACGCCGAGUUCGAGGCAGACGUCGACGAGGUGAGCAGGAUCCUGAGCUCUCGCUUUGCGUCUCCGGAGGCCAUUGUGAUAGCCAUGGACUGCUGCCCCGUCAGGGUGUCAGGCCGCAUGGUCGACAAGAUUCUGCGGAGGUUUGGCAGCGACUGGGUGGCGGCCUUCGGGUUCUUCAUGUGGGCAGGCGCUCAGGAAGGGUACUGCCACGCUGCUGAUUCGUACGACCUGAUGGUUGACAUACUAGGGAAGUUCAAGCAGUUUGAUUUGAUGUGGGGCUUGGUCAGUCAGAUGGACGAGAUUGGGGGUUUGGUGUCGUUGGCAACCAUGACAAAGGUGAUGAGGAGGCUUGCUGGGGCCAGCCGGUGGACCGAUGCCAUAGAGGCUUUCAAUAAAAUGGACCGGUUUGGUGUUGUGAAGGACACCAAGGCCAUGAAUGUGCUCCUGGACACGUUGUGCAAGGAGAGGAGCGUGAAGCGUGCAAGAGGCGUGUUCCAAGAGCUGAGGGGCAUGGUACCUCCCGACGAAGGUAGCUUCAACACGUUGGUCCAUGGGUGGUGCAAGGCACGGAUGCUGACCGAAGCUCGUGAUGCGAUGAAGGAGAUGGAGGAGCAUGGCUUCAGUCCUUCAGUCAUAACAUACACCAGCCUAAUAGAAGCAUACUGCAUGGAGAAAGAUUUCCAGACUGUUUACGCCAUCUUAAACACGAUGCGCUCCAAAGGAUGCCCUCCCAAUGUUAUCACAUACACGAUUGUGAUGCACGCACUAGGGAAGGCCGGAAGAACACAAGAAGCUUUGGAUGUAUUUGACAGGGUGAAGAAGGAUGGCUGUGUCCCAGAUGCGUCCUUCUACAACUCUCUCAUUUAUAUACUCGGCAGAGCAGGGAGACUGGAGGAUGCCAAUUCUAUGGUUGAUGAGAUGUGCAGAACUGGAGUCCCCCCCAACGUCGCUACCUUCAACACCUUGAUUUCUGCUGCCUGUGACCACUCUCAGGCAGUGAAUGCCCUGAAGCUGCUGGUUAAGAUGGAGGUUCAUUCAUGCAAGCCUGACAUAAAGACAUACACCCCAUUGCUCAAGCUGUGCUGUAAAAAACAAUGGAUGAAGAUACUUCUGUUCCUGGUAUGCCACAUGUUUAAAAAGGACAUCACCCCUGAUUUCAGCACUUAUACCUUGUUGGUAAGUUGGCUAUGCCGAAACGGGAAGCCUGCUCAGUCUUGCCUGUUUCUGGAGGAGAUGGUGCUGAAGGGUUUUACGCCGAAGCAAGAAACAUUUGAUCUUGUGAUGGAGAAGCUUGAUAAGGGGAAUCUGCAUUCAGCAAAGAAAAAGGUUCAACUUCUUAUAGUACAGGCAGCUGCUGCGAAGCACACUGGUUCCUCUUAUUUGAGAAAGGAUGGUGCUGCUGCACAACAUUGUGCUGUACUAUCAAACACUUGUGGCCAUUAAUCUUAGAACAAAUGGGAACGAACCGUUCAUGGAAACGCGGUUGUCAUUAUCAUGCUAUUGAGCGGUCCUGGUGGCGGUGAGCAUACUCAACCUUUCUGUUCGUGCAGUGUUAAAGCAGGACUGCUUGCCGCUGCCCUUAAUGUGCAGGCAAAAUCUGCAUAUGAUAC